AUGUACAAAGUAAAUCAAUAUAAAUUCAUAAGUGAACUUCACAGAAAGAUUUCCAAAUUAUCAGUAAACAGUUGUCAUACGUUAAAUGUCACUGAAAAUAAAAAGUUUCUUAAUUGUUUACCAUCUAAAAUAGAUUCGGUCAAUUACAAUGACAUUAGAGUUAUUAAUUCUGAAUGUUCAGCUUUUUUAAAAAUGCUGAGUCGAUCGCUAAAUCUGCCACAAUAUGCAAUCGUAAGAUCACUAAACAGUUUUAUUCUUAAGUGUCAAAAUAAGGAUAACAUUAAACGAAAUGAAACUGAAAAUAAAAAGAAUGAACCACAUCCAUCCUUCAAACCGGAUGGCAAAUAUGAUCCACCUGAUGAAGAAAAAGAUCCAGAUAAAGAGAAAUUUAUGGCAGUGAUAAGUAAAACUCUCUUCACAAUGUUCCUCAUCUUUACAUUUCUCAGUUUGAUGGUUCCACCAAAGAAUCGACCUGAAAAUGCAACAAGAUAUGUGUCAUGGAAUGAAUUCGUACAUCACAUGUUGGCUGUAGGAGAAGUCCGUGAAAUAAUUGUUCAUCCAGAUCUAGAAAUGGUCACAAUCAUCCUUUAUGAUGGAGCGGUUGUCAAAGGUCGACGAUUGUCAACAAAUGUUUAUCACAUGGCAAUUGACACAACAAGAUUUGAAGAUAAACUUCGUGAUGUUGAGAAACGUCUUGGAGUCAAAGAUAGCGUGUCGAUUUCUUUUGAUCGAGGUGGUGACUUAGCCGGAAAAAUCUUCUUCUCACUUGUAUCUUUGGUAGUGAUUCUUGCGUUACUUAGUAAGCUGCGUGGUGUCAAAGGACCGUUCAGCAUGGAAACCUUCACUCAACUUGGACGAGCGAAGUUCACUCUCGUUGAUCCCGUUGAAGGUGGUAGAGGCGUCUUCUUUAAAGAUGUUGCUGGGUUGCAAGAAGCUAAACAAGAAGUUGUAGAAUUCGUUGAUUAUUUGAAAUCACCGGAAAGAUAUCAAAAGUUGGGCGCUAAAGUUCCUCGGGGUGCUUUAUUAUUGGGACCGCCGGGAUGUGGCAAAACACUUCUUGCGAAAGCAGUUGCAACAGAAGCAAAAGUUCCAUUUUUAUCAAUGAACGGAUCGGAAUUUAUUGAAAUGAUUGGAGGUCUUGGGGCUGCACGCGUUCGUGAUCUGUUCAAAGAAGCAAAGAAACGAAGUCCUUGUAUCAUUUAUAUUGAUGAAAUUGACGCAAUCGGACGACAACGUGAAGGCUCAAGUGCAAUGUCUGGAAUGAGUUCAGGUGAGAGUGAACAAACAUUGAAUCAAUUGCUUGUGGAAAUGGAUGGAAUGGCAAGUAAAGAAGGUGUCUUAAUGUUGGCAUCAACAAAUCGUGCUGAUGUACUUGAUAAAGCUCUUCUUCGCCCCGGAAGAUUUGAUCGACAUAUUUUAAUCGAUUUACCAAAUUUACAAGAACGUCAGGAAAUUUUCGAAAAGCAUUUGUCGGGUGUGAAGUUGGAAGAACCGCCAUCCAAAUAUUCAAAGAGAAUGGCUAUUCUUACACCAGGUUUCUCUGGAGCUGACAUUGCAAAUGUUUGUAAUGAAGCAGCACUUCAUGCCGCAAGACUUAGCCAAAAGAUUGUUAAAGUUAAAAACUUGGAAUAUGCUGUCGAACGUUUGGUCGGUGGUACUGAAAAACGAUCAAGUUCCUUAUCACAAAGUGAAAGACGAACUGUGGCAUAUCACGAAGCUGGUCAUGCAAUUGUUGGUUGGAUGCUUCCAAACUCAGAUGUUUUAUUGAAAGUGACAAUUGUUCCACGUACAUCGUUAGCUUUAGGCUUCGCACAAUACACACCAAAAGAUCAAAAACUUUACAGUAAGGAAAAUCUUUUAGACAAAAUGUGCAUGGCUUUGGGUGGUCGUGCAGCUGAAGCAAUGAUUUUCAAUCGGAUUACGACUGGAGCACAAAAUGAUCUUGAGAAAGUCACUCAAAUUGCUUACGCGCAAAUUCGUCAGUUUGGAAUGAAUGAACGUGUUGGUUUAAUUUCCUUUCCAGAAGAACGUGAAGAUUCGAUGGGUGAAAAGCCUUAUUCGAAACAUUUACAAAACAUGAUUGAUGAAGAAGCACGUCGAAUGAUCAACGAUGUCUACAACAAGACAGAACAAGUACUGAAAGAUAAUCGCGACAAGCUUGAAAAACUCGCUGAAACUCUACUGCUGAAAGAAACCUUGAAUUAUGACGAAGUUGUUGAAUUGAUAGGACCGCCACUCCACGAAGCAGCGAAGAAGAAAAUUGAGCCAGUUGAGUUUGAACAUUCGCUUAAUUCGCUUUCGCAAAAGGAGGAAAAAUGAGAAAAAUAAAUUCUGAUUUUGUUAUUUCCCUUUGAAAUGAAAUUAAAUAAAAUAAAAUUUAAAUUUGUAGAUGAUGAAAAUAAAAAUUGU